GUAGCAGCCGUGGUCUUGUGGUUCCGCCGCCCCAGUUGCCAAGAUGCCGGGCGCGGCCGAGAAGCAGUCGGAGCUGUCGGAGGAGAUCGAGGCCUUUGUGGCGCGGCUGAAGCGGGGUGGGCAGCGGCCGCGCUCCGAGGAGACGGCGCGGCAGACGCUGGGGCUGUUGCGCAAGAUCAUAGCCCGCGGCCGCUGGGGCAAAGCCGGGGAGCUGAUGGGCCUCAUUCGGAAGGAGGGCCAGAGGAUGACGGUAGCCCAGCCAUCGGAGACCACGGUGGGCAACAUGGUGCGACGAGUACUGAAGAUCAUUAGGGAGGAGUAUGGCAGGCUCCGUGGGCGCAGCGAGGAGAGUGACCAGCAGGAAUCCUUGCACAAGCUUCUGACCUCUGGGGGACUCAGUGAGGACUUCAACACCCCCUUCGCCCCACUCAGGGCUAAUGUGAUUGAAGCUAUUAAUGAGCUGCUGAUAGAGCUGGAGGGCACAACGGAGAACAUCGCAAUGCAGGCACUGGAGCACAUCCACUCCAAUGAGGUGAUCAUGACCAUUGGCUACUCUCACAUCGUGGAAGCCUUCUUGAAAGAGGCAGCGCGCAAGCGGAAAUUCCAAGUGAUCGUGGCAGAGUGUGCACCCUUCUGCCAGGGUCACAAAAUGGCUGUCCGUCUGGCUCAAGAGAGCAUUGAAACCACCGUCAUGAGUGAUGCAGCCAUCUUCGCUGUUAUGUCUCGAGUCAAUAAGGUGAUCAUCGGUACAAAGACUAUCUUGGCUAAUGGUGCACUGAUUGCCGUCAGCGGGACUCACACCCUGGCACUUGCAGCGAAACACCACUCCACUCCCCUCAUUGUCUGUGCCCCCAUGUUCAAGCUUUCACCACAGUUCCCUAAUGAAGAGGAUUCAUUCCACAAGUUUGUCUCUCCACAGGAAGCACUUCCUUUCACAGAAGGAGAGAUCCUGACAAAGAUCAAUAUUCACUGCCCUGUGUUUGACUAUGUCCCACCUGAGCUCAUCACUCUCUUCAUUUCCAACAUUGGGGGUAAUGCACCCUCCUAUAUCUAUCGCCUCAUGAGUGAGCUUUAUCAUCCUGAUGACCAUGAACUCUGAGCUCCAGUGACUCAAAACACCUCACUAUGCAGACUCUUCCUGCCUUGAUCUUUGCGAAGAUACAGUGGUUAAAUAAGCCCUUUGUGGCAGAAAUUAACUUAGUCUUCAACAGGAAGUGCCUGCCUGGUGUAACAUUUCCUCCCCCAGCCAAAAAGUACCAGUGAGCAAAGCUCUUGCACUGGAUUUGCUCCCAGUAUUCUGUUACAUGUCAUGUGGAGCAGUUUUUAACCUGAUUUCUGGCAACAGCUAGUUCUUUCCUGCAUGUUCCAUCUCCA